GCCGCGCGCACCACACCCGGCGCGACGCGCGGGCACGGCCUAUCUCGCCUCCCGCGGUCGCGGCAUGCUCGCGUCGCCAGGCGUGGGGCAGAGCGCAACGCUGCGAGGAGCACGGCCGCAGGUCCCUUUGGCUCGGGCCGCCCGCGGCGAGGGGAGGCAGCUCGCGAGGAGGGGCAUGGCUCCGCCGGCAGCGAGCGCCCCGCAGCGCGGGGAGCGCGGCGGGGCCACCCCGGGGCCCAUGGCGCCCAUCUACCGGGUGACCCUGAUGUCGUGGUGCUUCCAGUUCCUGCUCGACCUGCUCUGGAUCCCCCUCGCGGCCUACUUCAAGGACCUGGGCCUCGGCCUCCACGUGCUCGGGCUCGUUUUCGCGGCCAACCUCGGCGUCCGCAUCGUGCCGAACGUGCUCGCCACCCGGCUCGGGGUCAGGACCGACAUGGUCUGCAUGCUGGUGGGGCUCGUGGGCUUCGGAGUGAACCUCGUCUGGCCAGAGGAGACCUGGGCCAUCUUGGCCAUGUCCGCCGCGGGCGGCCUCACCUUCGUGCGCGCCCACCUCUCCGUCCACGGCAAGCUGGCCGCGGGCUCCAGCGUGGAGAGCCUGACCCUGGCCGCCAGGUGGUCCGGCGCGGCGCGCAACUUCGGCACGGUGGUCGCCUUCGUGGUGCCGGUGGCCCUCUACCAGGCGCUCGGCUGGAGGGCGGUGGUCGCCACGGCGAUGUGCGUCAUGUGCCUGUACCUCGCGCUGGCGGCGGCGCAGCACCGGAGAUACCCCAGCGGCGCCAAGGGGGGAGCCCCGCCGUACGGCGAGGGCCCAGAGGAGCCUGCGCUGGUUGAGGAGGCUCCCCGAGAGCACGUGCCGUGGAUCGACUGGCUCAUCGCGGGGGCGUUCUGCGUCACGGAGCUCCAGAUGAACAUCCAGGCGGCGGCGGUGCCGACCACGCUGCUGGUGCUCGGCGUCCCCCUGCCCCUGGUGGGCGGCGUGCAGGCCGCCGGGCAGCUGAUCGCCAUGGGCUUCCUCGUGCUGCUCUCCAGGGGAGCCUGCCCCUGCCUGCAGAAGCGGCCGACGAACCUGCUGCUCUCCUUCGCGGGCACCUUCGUGGGCAUGGCGGCGCUCUGGCUGGCAAGGGCGAGCGAGGUGGACGGGUCGCUCGGCGCCGUCGUGCUCGCGGGGUCGGUGCAUUUCUUCUACGCCUGCGCAUACACGGCGCAGGUGACCAUGCUUGAGUGCCUCACGGGCGUGCUGGACAUGACUGGCGCCCCCCGAUCCGUCUACGUCAUGGGCGUCUCCGAGGUCGUGGGCUGCGCGUGCUCGCUCGUGGGGGGCUACCUCGGCCCCGCCCUCCUCGAGCGGAACCCGUCGGCCCCGUUCGCCCUGGAGGCGGCCAUCGCCCUGGCCACCACGCUCGCGCUGGGCAUCGGGCUGGGCCUCCGCGCCUGCGACCAGUACGUGGCCUGCCAGACGACGUCGGAGUACCGUGCGGCACUGGCGGAGCAGGAGCGCCUGGCCGGCCUCCCCAAGGCGCUGCACGGGCUGCGCCACCUGCACCGGCGGCCGGAAAGCUACAUUGGGGUCGAGCAGAGGCUGCGCAGGGCGCAGACGGAGGGCAGCCUGGUCAGCGUCGGCGGCAGCUCGACCGCGGCCGACACCGAGGGGAGCCUGGUCUCCGUGGACAGCAGCCUCUCCGGGGACGGUGCGACCGCCGCGGCCGCGCCAGGCGGCGGCCUCAACGCUCCGCUGCUCGGCGGCGGCGGCGGCGCUGCGCUCGGGCCCCGUGCGGAGGCUUGGCGGGCGCAGCAGGAG